AUGGCAGGUCUGGCGCCGAUAGCUGACGGAUAUGAAACGGAAGACUCAGGAUACGCUAGCAACUUUGAGAAUGUGUCCGUUAUCACAGAAUCCGUGCACUCGUCUAUCUACGAUUACAGAUAUGAACAUGGACGCCGUUAUCAUGCGUACAAGCAAGGUGAGAACGACUACUUUAUGCCGAACGAUGAGCCUGAGCAAUUUCGCAUGGACCUACAACACCAUUGCAUGUUUUUGGCAUCCGGUUCAAAACUCUUUCACGCACCACUCCAAUCCCCAGUACGUGUUCUAGAUUGUGGCACCGGCACGGGUGUCUGGGCUAUUGCAAUGGGAGAAGAAUAUCCUGAGGCCUCAAUCCACGGCAUCGACUUGAGCCCGAUUCAACCAGAUUGGGCGCCAUCUAAUGUAAAGUUCGAAAUCGACGACGUUGAGGAUGAUUGGACGUGGCCUGAGAAUCACUUCGAUCUCAUCUACUCCAAAUUGAUGCUUGUUGGUGCGAUCAAGGACUAUCGAAAAUAUUUCGAGCAAGCCUUUAAGCAUUGUGCACCUGAUGGCUACUUCGAAUGUCUGGAAGCUACAGCUAUCAUUCGUAGUGAUCAUAUCCAGAUUACUCCAGAAAAUCCAAUUCAGAAGUGGACAACUCUCUUGAAUCAAGGUGUACGCAACUUGGGGAGCAGUGUAGACAUCGACUUUGAGGCGGUCGCAGCACUGAUGCGCGAGGUUGGUUUCGUGGACGUGGUUUACCAGCCUUUCAAGACACCAAUCGGCACUUGGCCAGCAGAUCCAGUCUUGAAAAGAGCUGGAUCGUAUCAACUAGUUGCUAUGCUGGAAGGUAUGGAGAGCUUGACGCUAUUGCCAUUCAGUAGAGGUCUUGGAAUGUCGCUUGAGGAAACGAAGAAGAUAAUUGAAGAGGCGAGUCGCGAAUUUACACGAAAGAAAGGAUGCUACUACUGGCACACGUAA